GGUGCCUCUGCUGCGGGCGGUGGCCUCGCUCGGGGGCGGCGGCGAGGUGGAGCUGGGCGGCCCCGGCCCCGUCCCCGUCCCGUGCCGGGGAGCGGCUCCUCGCAGCCUCGCUGCCCCGUCCCGAGCGCUCCUGUGGCCGCGGCUCAUGAGGUGAAGAUGGUGAUCCGCGUCUUCGUCGCCUCCUCCUCGGGCUCGGUGGCGAUAAAGAAGAGGCAGCAGGAUGUGGUGAGGUUUCUGGAAGCCAACCGCAUAGAGUUCGAAGAAGUGGAUAUCACCAUGUCCGAGGAGAAGAGACAAUGGAUGUAUAAAAAUAUUCCUGAGGACAGGCAGCCUGCACAAGGCAAUCCACUGCCACCGCAGAUAUUCAGUGAUGAUCGGUACUGUGGGGAUUAUGAUGGCUUUUUUGAAUCAAAGGAGAGCAACACUGUAUUCUCCUUUCUUGGACUGAAACCUACUUUGGCAUCAAAGGAGUCAGAACCCUAGAAAGCCCAUAUGAAGUACCAACAAGCACAUUCCUGAAUGAGUGACUAUCCUUCAGCACAUAACAGCUUCCCUAAUGGAUCACUGUGAUAGAGCAAACAUGUGUCAGUAGUAGUAGUCUGCUUGCCAUGAGAUGGUGCUCUCCAGUAAUGUGGAGCUAAUAACAUGCACAUGAAAUAGGAUUAAGGCUGGGCUACUCAUCUUCCUUUGUAAAAAUGCUCACUGUUGAUGUUUCACUUUUGUCUUUUGGUUGCUUUUGCAACUGACCCUGAUAUUCUAACAGGCACGUGUGUUUGAGAAUAAGGAGUGAAAGUGUAGGGCUUGUAUCAUUCAUGGGUAUUCUUAUACAGUCACAUUCCUUACCUUUUUAAAUUCCUCCCACUACUGUGGUUCAAAUGAAUAGUUAAAGUGCUGCUGGUUAUGAUGUUUGUGCUGGCUAUGAUCCAGAAGGUAAAAAGCAUCAAUCUUGAGCUCUCAGUCUAAGCCAAUAACUGCCAUAUUUUUGCUCUACAUUUAUUUAUUUAUUGCAAUGUUUAUUCUAGAUCAUGGUUAUUUUAAGAGACAUGGGCUGCUAAUCUUGGUAAUGAAGACUUGAUUUGUCUAAUGAUGCACAUUGCAACUGACUGUUUAAAACAAGUUGCUAUCAUGAAGGAGGUGCCAAAGUGAAAUAUUUUGACAUGUUUCCAAAUGCAGGUGAAAUGUUCAGUAAAUGUUUCCUUGGUGGAAAUACUGGGGAGUUCAGAAGAAUUAAAGGGGUCUUACAGCUAAUGAUACUAUGAAGUUAUCUCUUAAAUGAGGAAGUUUUAACACCCAAGGCUGGAGCUCUAUAGUUGGACUGUCUUAAAAUGAAAUUUUGCCAAAACUUCAGUUUACCUUCAAUAACACACAGCUCCACCACAAGCCACAUGAGAGUCAAGGGGGUACUUUGAGAGCCAGGUUUCAGUUCCAUGAUGGUUAAACACUCCACCAUGGUCCAAGAGCAUGCCUAACUUGCCUGGCUUGUCCUGGUUUUAAAUCCCCAGAUGUGGUGAUGUGGAGGUGCCUGGAAGACAGUGAGAAAGCUGAGUGUGUGCUUUGCCAAAUGAGGCCAGAGAGGUUGUUCAGCUGAGGAAUAAGUAAAGGAAAUGGAGAUUAUUCCAGUGGGACUGCACUGAUGCACAUAGCAGAACUUAGGCCCAUGACUUGCCAAUAAUUAUUACAAAAUGCAUUCUAGACAGAAGUAAAAUUGCAUCAUGCAUUUUGAAUCAAAUCUGAUACAUAAAUAACAGCUGUGUUGUGAUGUGGCUUUUCCUACAGUGAUUUCAUACUGGCAAGGUGGUGCCACCACAGUGAAUGUCCUUGUGUCUUCGGGUAAAUGGGACACAGCCACUACGUAGAAAGGCUACUUUGCAAUCACAGCAUCCCUCAGACUGUGUGGUUUGAAGGAAGCCAGACUUGUAAAAAGUGUCAGAAAGCAGCACUACCA